ACUACAGAGUACUGCAGCUAAGUUUUUUCAUCUAAAUUAUGUUUCAAUGAAUUGUAUGGUAUUUGUUUUACAAACAAAACAAGAGAUAUACUUUUAAAUAAUAAUUAAUAACUUGUGUGUAUCUUUAGUGACAUCUUUAGAGUUUCAGUGCUUAUUAAAUUGUGUAAAUGUCGCAAGGAGCAAAUAUGCCUACAAUUGGAGGUAUGACUCCAGGAACCAUACAAUAUGUAAAUAAUCCACUUCAAAGCCCACAAUUACAAACAUCGUCAUUACAAGGCUCCCCAUCGCAGCAUAGUCCAAUGGGCCAAGCACAAGUAUCUACAAAAAGCAAUCAAGGAUCUGGCGAUCAAACAACACAGCUUUUAAGCAGACCCAGAUUACAAGAAUUAGUUAGAGAAGUCGACCCCACAGUUCAACUAGAUGAAGAGGUAGAAGAGAUGUUGUUGCAGUUAGCUGAUGACUUUAUUGACACUACACUAAAUGCUGCCUGUUCACUUGCUAAACAUAGACAUGCCCCAACAGUGGAGCUAAAAGAUGUUCAGUUACAUUUAGAGAGACAAUGGAAUAUGUGGAUACCUGGUUUUGGCAAUGAUGACCUGAGACCCUACAAGAGGGCACCAGUAACAGAAGCACAUAAACAGAGAAUGGCGCUCAUUAGAAAAACAAUUAAGAAAUACUAGAAAAUUAGGUUGUAGGUAUACCUUAGAUAAUAAAUUACUAUUAUGAAUGCA